AUGGCCACCACCACCACCACCACCACCACCACCACCACCACCACCACCACCACCACCACCACCACCACCACCACCACCACCCCCACCACCAUCAUCCUCAUCACCACCACCACCAACACCAUUCUCACAGUCUCACCGCCACUGCCCCACUUGGUGUUCACCAAGUAUCAACCACAGUUCUGGGCUCGCUAUGUUGAUGGCACCCUCGUCGUUAAAGCAACUGACAUUGAUCACCUAAAGGAAAUACUGGACUCGGUUGACCCGGAUAUCCAAUUUACGAUGGAAACAGAAACAAACAACCAACUGCCCUUCCUUGUCGUGCUUGCGCACCGGUGUACAACUGGAAAACUGCAAACCGCAGUAUUCCGAAAAUUCACCGACGCGAGACAGAUCCUACGCUUCAUCAGCAACCAUCCUCUGUCUCACAAACGUAGCUGUGUCCGCACUCUAUUCCAAAGGGUUGAAGUACACUGCAGCACGUCGGAAAAUAAAAGGGCCGAACGAUUGUACCUUGUGAACCUAUUUGCAGCCAAUGGUUAUCCCAGACAUUUUAUCGAGAGAAGCAGACGUCAGGCGCACAGACGACUGCCAAAUGAACAGCAAACUGAAGUCUAG